UCCACUCUGUAAGGCUUUGCAGCUGUGUAUUUAAUAGCUUUUCCAGUACUGGACAUAAAGUGUCAAAAUGUUGCAGGAGAAUGUGACAGAUGUACUUGCUGGAGUGUUUGUUAUAACUGCUGGCUCUGUGGUGACAUGUCUGCUAGUGAAAUGGAUACAGCAAAGAAAAACAAAGCAGAAAAUAGAGGUGGCUAGAGCAGAGAGAAAACGAGCCCUGCAACAAAUGGAGCAGGCAGUUCAGCAGGUUAAAGAAGAGAAGCAUGCAGAAGAUUCCAGAAUGAUUUUAUCUCUGUCUGCAUGUGAGCUCUCUGAAAAACUGAAGGAUGGCUCCCUUAGUCCAGAGGCAGUCCUCUAUACAUUCAUGGAGAAGGCCCUAGAAGUAAACAAGGAAGUGAACUGUGUCACAGACUUCUUUCAAGAAUGUGAGGCCCAGAUCCAGGAAGUGAAGAAACAGAAGGCCAAAGGCCUGCUUUAUGGAGUCCCAGUCAGUCUGAAGGACAGUGUCUGCUACAAGGGACAUGUAUCAACAUGUGGUAUGUCAUUCUUUCUUGGUAAAGCAGCCAAAGAAGACAGUGUCAUUGUCCAAGUACUGAAGAAACAAGGAGCCAUUCCUUUCGUGGCUACGAACAUCCCUCAGACCAUGAUGCACUUUGACUGCAGUAACCCUAUUUACGGGCAGAGCCUGAAUCCACUGAAUCAUACGAAAAGCCCUGGUGGAUCGUCAGGAGGUGAAGGUGCUCUGAUUGCUGGAGGUGGUUCUGUCCUUGGAAUUGGAACUGAUAUUGGAGGAAGCAUCCGCCUGCCUUGCAGCUUCUGUGGAAUCUGUGGACUGAAGCCAACUAGUGGUAGGUUGAGCUUAAAAGGAACAUCAGAUAUUAUUCCUGGAAUAAAUUAUGUUUUACCUUCGAUAGGCCCCAUGGCACUGGAUGUUGACAGCCUUGCUCUCUGCAUGAAAGCACUCUUGUGUGAGGAGUUGUUCCAGUUAGACCCUGAAAUUCCACCCAUGCCAUUCAACAGUCAGGUAUAUAACAGUACUAACCCACUGAGAAUAGGAUAUUUUGAGUGUGAUGGCCAUAUGCAGGCACUACCCAGUAUGAGACGAGCUGUGAGGGAAACAAUACAACUGUUACAGGAAGCAGGACACACUCUUAUUCCUUUUCCGGUUACACAGAUCGAUUAUGUUUUCAAUGACCUAUAUCUGAAGGGAGUGUUUGCUGAUGGGCUUUCAAGUUUACUGGAUAGCCUCAAAGGUGACAUCAUUGAUCCACACUUAAGUCUAAUGGUUUCUGUCAUCAGAUUACCCACUUUUGUGAAGAAGAUGUUGGCCUUCAUUUGUAGUUUCUUGAGUUCAAGAAUGUCUGCAGCAUUAUAUGUGACGUGUGGAAUAAGGUCUGUGAAAAACUAUUGGAAACAGAAUGCUAAAAAGAAGGAUUAUUGCCAGAAGUUUAUUAGUGAAUGGAAGAAACACAAGCUUGAUGUGUUACUUUGCCCUUCUCUGAGUCCAGCCUUUUCCAUAGGAUAUCCUAGCUAUACAACACCUUCACUGUCUUAUACAACACUCUUCAAUGUCCUGGAUUUCCCUGCUGGAAUUGUGCCUGUAACCAAAGUAACACAGGAAGAUGAAGAAGAACUCAAGAAUUACAAAGGAUUCUUAAAUGACUAUGUGGAUAAAAUGUUUCGGCAGGCUGUACAGGGUGGAGUUGGGCUCCCGGUAGCAGUACAGUGUGUUGCUCUACCCUGGCAGGAAGAGCUGUGCCUUCGAUUCAUGAAAGAGGUAGAAGAACUGAGCUGCAAGAAGAGAAAAUGAUUAAACAGCAGAAAGCUGAAAAUACAGUUCUGAAACGUCCAUCCUAAACAUCUUGAACUGUCUCUCAUAAUUGAUCUCUUUUCAUUACGUCCAUCAACAUGAUACAGUUCUAAAUAAUACUUUCAAAGUAUUAAAGAGCUUAAUACUAUCUAAAUAAAUUAAUAAAAAUUAUGACCGCCUUAGCAUUCAGCCUGUGACUGUGCAAUGCAAACAAAAUAGCAGUUACGUAAAAUGAUUUUUUUCAGAUUAAGGUAUUUUAAGUCGUAGUUAGCACAAACACUGACAUAUUCCUCUAAUCAUCUGUCUAUUUACUUCAUAUUGUUUAUGCUAUAUUAAAAUUUUAUAGAUCUUUUGCUUGA